AUGGCAUUGCAGGCACAUUAUGAUGUAAUUGUGCUAAACCCCAAUGACAAUUUUAUGGACCUAUAUACGGAAAAAGAGUGGAAUGGGCUUUUAACACAAAAUAAAAAUAUUGAGUCCUCUUCCCAAAAAAUGGCUCAAGCUGAGAGCUUUUUCUCUCUUCAGCAUCCUCCCCAAUGCAUUCCAAAAAGAUACAGCAAUACCCCUGAAGAACACAUGGCUUACAUAUGGGAUUACUUCAUUUCAAAGACUGAAGGCAAGGAUGUUGCCUUCAUUGUACAUGGUUAUGGAGGCUUGGUUUUCAUGGACUUACUUGUUCAUAGAAAGUGGGAAGUGAUGAGCAAAGUAUACGCUGUUGCGCUUAUUGACUCUGAACAUCAUGUAGGACACCAGCUGGGAAGUGAUGUACAAUUAUUAGCAUGGAUAAAGCACCACUGCCGUGAAUGGGUGACAAGUCCUAAGCCUUUGGAUAAACCUGAAGCUACCGUUUUGAAAAAGGAGUUUCCUAUGGUUUCUGCUGGCACAGAAAAAUACAACUUAGCCCCUUCCUCUAGCCUUCAGUCCAUUUUUAAAUACUUUAAAAAGGCUUUGAAAGCCAAAACAACUAUUGAUUUCUCACAAAUGCCAAUAGUAACUAGAAGCUCCACAAAAAGAAAGCAAAGUGCUUAA